GAGGUUUUCAUUAUUUGAAAUUCUUAUAAAACUGACAUCAAAACAACACAAGUUUCCAUUUCAAUCAUAGUUUACUCUUGUAAGGAUUUAAUCAUGUAUAAAUUAUGUAAAAGAUUUAAUUCUCCUCAAAUAUAUCAACUGAAUCAUUCAAAUCCAAAUUUCAAUAGUCUACAACUGUAUAUCAGUAAUACUAUUAUAAAUAUCAGUUAAUUACCAUAAAUGCUAUUUGAGGUAAAAUCCUUUAAUAUUGAUUGAUCUAGUCUUUUCAGUUCUAAAAAUAGCCAAAAUGUAAGCCAAAAUAUUUAUUAGUUAAAUCAAAUAACUAAAUAUAAGUUUCAGUUUUCCUGACUGUUCUGCCAGCUUCUGCUGAAAUCUGUGCUUAUAUACCGUUCGCCCCCUCCCUGGCAGAAUCCAGCGAGUGGCGUAAAAAUCGCAGAAAAGCUCAGAAUCCCGCAGGACUGCAGAAUCUCCGGCAGAAUUCCACUGAAUUCUGCUGGUAAAUAAAUCACAAUUUUAAAGAAAUCUUGAAUGAAACAUAAUAAGAUUUUACCCCAAAUCAAUGCAACAUCCCAAUGUUUACUACAGACGACCUAUUUAGUGAUGUAAUUUACAGAGCGCCACCUACAUUAGCCUGUACACACUUUACAUGUCUUAAACGUUUAACAUGUGAAAUAAAAGUUUACAGCUUAAAUAAAUGGAUUUAUAGGAUAUUAGAUAGGUAAACAUUGAGAUUUAUCAUUCAGCUUUACAAGGAUACAGACUAUCCCGCAUGACUAUUUAACAGUAAUGAUUUAAACUCCUAAAACAUACUAUGUUUACAUGUACAUACCCCACCCAUGUUCAUAACAAAGCGGGAAUAAACAACUUGCAAACAUUCAUACAGAUUAAUACAUAUUUCAGUAUCAUUACAUUUGAUAACAGUGAGACUAGGAAAUACUGACAAUACCUAGGGGUUACAGUAUUUAUACGCGCAAUGUAUCAUUUAAACGAUUGAUAGGUGCAUUGAAUCUGUUUGGAGGUUACAAAUGGACACAAUGAGGCAAAUAAUUUUAAUUUGUGGAGUAUUUUGUUCCUACACGAGCGUUCUAGCAAUUAAGCCAUGUGCUUUCAGAUCAGUGUUAGGCAGGGAAAACAGUUUGAAUGGAUCAAAUUAUACCUUAAACGGAAAUCUGAUUUUCCUUUUGGUGGGAAAUCAGAACAACUGUUCAAUUGACCUGGAUUUCAUCGAUGAACAGACGCAUGGUCAUACGCUUAAAGAAGUUAAUAAACGAAAUUCUGGUAAAACUGAAAAGUUUAAAGAAUACACAUAUAACUUUCUUUGUGACAAUAACAUGGCUGUGCAUUUUGUUAGAAAUAACAUGAGCGUUGUUGGAAAACUGAAAAUAUCUGUUGCGUUAGUGUUUUGGAUGUGUGAUGUGUAUUUGAACGAGUUGUCGUUGUUUCUAAAAGAUGGCAUUAUUCGGUCAAUUUCACAAAGAAAUAACUUCCUUUUGCAUGCACGGUCUCAGAAAAUAGGUUGUCCAUUUGCUAAAUACAUGCAAAUAAUUGCCGCCAACAUCGAAUGCGAUGACGUGACAUGGACCCAUUUUUUCUGGGAAUUAUGUAAUGAAAUCUUCGAAAAUGUGAAUACUCUUCAGUUGAGAGCAUGCAAGACAAACCAUUUCAGGCUGAAGUCAAAGUUGUUGGUCAAGAAAUUUCCGAAACUUCAGUCACUGCAGCUUGUGAAUAUUGACCUGGCAACACAAAUGAGGUUUCCAUGGACACAGUCUCAUAUUGAUGCUGCAGAUCAAGAUAUCGUAAAAUUUGAAUCCAGUGAGAAUGGAACCAAUAUAACAGUUACCGCAGCGGGAAGAACUAUUUGGAUACGCAAGUCAAAAAUGGACAUCAGUAACAUGUUGCAUCUGAAUGGUAAUAUAGCGGAAAUUGUCAUCAACAACGCAGAUAUUGAACAAAAUGAAAGCCAGAUGUUUAAAUACGUGACUGGACUUCAUAGGGUGGACCUGUCUAGUAACAACUUAACAGAAAUUAACGAACUGCUGUUCAAAAAUCAGACUGAAAUACAAAGCAUCCAUCUUAAGGAAAAUAAAUUAACCAGUCUUCCAUCGCAUGUUUUUAAAGAUCAGCACAAACUGUUAUUUCUUGAUUUGUCUAAUAAUAUACUGUCAUCGAUCGAUUCAAAUUUACUGAGAAACCAAAGAUAUCUUCAAGAGUUACACCUAGAAAUCAACAGACUACAAUUCUUACCAAAAGACUUUCUGAAAGAACAAAUUCAUUCCCUUAAGUAUUUGUAUUUGCAUUCAAAUCCCUUAAUGACGAUCCCAGUUAUGCCAUUCUAUGGAACAAAACUUGAUAUCUUUGAUAUUCAUAAUAGCAAUGUAACUGGAGAAAGCUUUGUGGAACUACUGAAUACUCUACGUUUUUCCGACUUUCUAAUUGCUAGAGUUGAAUGGAAAGAGUCUGAUCCCAGUUACAAAGUUGGUAAACAUCCUCUUCGGCAAACUGUACUUGACUUAUCCUAUUGUAAAAUUAAAAACGUCCCCUUAGAUUUAGGAGCCCAAAAUAUGACCGCUCUUAAUGUUGUACAAUUGUUUAGCUCAUUCCAUAUAAAAACAGACGGAAAUCCGUUGACAUGCAACUGUCACUUGUAUCCUUUGGAACUGUUGCUUUCGAAAGUGAAUGACACGAAGAUGGACUGGACUUGUAUGUAUCCGCAAGAACUACAAGGAAGGGCAAUUGCAGAUAUAACCAAGCACGAUCUUUACUGCGCGGACAGUUAUACAGACUGUCCCGAAUUGUGUAGUUGCUAUGUCAGGCAUGAUUCCUCCAAUUUAAUUGUUGACUGCAGGAAUAUCAAAAUGCCGGCAUUACCUUUGAAAAUGCCCAAGUAUCCUUUGGAAUUAUGGUUUAAGAACGCCAGUGUCUUGAAACUGGAACCAAGAGACUAUCUGCUUAACGUAUCUGUGUUAGACUUGUCUGAAAAUAGAUUGACUUACAUAUCACCAUUAGCAGCAGCAAAAUUAAAAAACGUAGCCACUUUGAAGUUAGAAAGCAAUUACUUGACAACGCUGCCAGUUCAGAUUAAAUAUAGCAUGAUCAGUAGAGCAUCUUUAGCCGGAAAAGCUUUACUGUGCGACUGUCAUACAAGGUGGAUGGCCUGGUUACAAGGUAAACAAUGUCCGAUUACAGACAUUAAAUGUACAGACAAUAACAAGAAUGUGGACAAAUUUAUAAACCUUCCGGAUUCUAGUUUUGUAUGCAACGAGAUAAUACCACCGAGUAUUGCAGAGCAUGUUAUAUUUCCAUCUGUUGUAAUCGGGUCCAUAUUGUUCGUGAUAACGGUCCUGUCACUGACCAUCUAUUUCCAGAGAUUUACUGUAAGAGUUUUGCUUUAUAUGAUCUUUGGAGUUAGUGUCUGUGACGCCUUUACAGAUAACCCAGAUGACUUCAAACGCGACUGUGUAGUCAUCUAUGACAAAAAUGAUAGAGACUUCGUGGAAAAUAACAUCAAAAUACAUUUACAAGAAUCGGGUUACAAUGUAGCAGAUAUGUACACAGAUCCUGUAAUUGGUUUUACGCUUGUAGAUGGAAUUAGAAAGCUUAUUUACAGAUCAAGAAGAGUAAUAUUUUGUAUGACAAAACAAAGUCUACAUUCUGAAUUGAUGAUAACCUUAUGGAACAUCGCUUCUGAACGAGCUAUGAAAAAUCACAUUGGAUCUAUCAUUCUUAUUGUUGACAAAGAUUUUAAAGCUAACUGUACCGAAGAAAAUAUGAAAUUAUUUAUAAAAAAUGGCAGAUAUAUAAGGAUGGAUUCUAAGAUGUUGUACAAAAGCAUAGAAUAUCUCAUGUCAUCGAAGAAACGGAUGAAUCAGAACCAACAGGAAGUAAACAAUACUAAAGAAAAUUACCUUGAAAUUAAUCAAAUUGGUGAAAUUCAUUUAUGUGAACAUAAUCCAUAUGCUGCUGCAGGCGAUGUUCAGGAAAAUUUGACGGAAGGCACACAUGACACCUAUAUUGUCUAUCCCGACGUUAUAGAUGAAUUACACCAGUUAACUAGGUACGAGAUUAUCCCAUUCCUUCGAGAAAACAAGCAGAAUGUGUGCGUUCUUCAGGAUGAAUUUGUAUUUGGAGACGAUAUUAGACUCUGUAUUGAACCUAAACUUGACGAAGCAAAGCACGUGAUCUUCAUCAUAUCAAACGAAACAUUGGAAGAUGACGUUAGUCAGUUCGUAUUGACCACCAUUCUUACCAAAGCUGUUGUAAGUAGCAGUAAUUUUCUGUUGCUCUUCACAUAUGGCCAGACUGAUGUGGACAAAAUGCCGGAAAAUUUGAAGAAAUAUGUAAACAGUUAUAUCACAGCUAGUGUAAAUGAUCCCAAAUUUAAAGAACGUAUGCUAGAAGCUCUCAUGUUUGAAGAAAACGGCAUUGAUAAAGAAGAUACUGACAGUUUAUUAACAGAAAAUGAUAUAGAUGAUGCCAGUUGGAUUUGACAAAGUAACUAUGUCGUAUUCUUAGAGCAGAAAUAACACUUGAAGUCCACAGUGCGAUAAAUGAAUUUAUGUACAUGGCUAGACUACUAUCUUAUUAUAACAUUAAAAAAGUUAUGACUUCGGGACGAGUAAUACAUAAUUUUAUUUUUACAAUUGUGUGGCCGUGAUACAGAUAUGAACCAUACAUGAACGUGAUUGAUAAUGAAUAUUUGAGAAAAUUGUUUUCUGGUUUUCGUUUGUUGGUCCAUCAUGUUGUUACUGAGACAUGGCGAGACAAUAGAACUGACAGAAUAGCUCGAAUUUGUUGAAUGUAAUACAGAAUAUCACUUUCUAAUGACAUGUGCUAAAUAGAGAGAAAUCAGUAAGCGAUUUACGAAGUGUAUAUCUUGGCCAUCUGUGAAUUUAUUAAUACCUUAAGUUUGGCUGUUGUUAGAACAUGUAAAUUGCUAAGACAUAACGUAAGAGUUUUAAAUCUCAUUCUGUAACUAUGCUGAUUCAGUUUUAUAAAUUUUGCCUGUUCGUUUACCAAAGAUAUGUAUAUAUUUUAAGGACACUUAUGGGGCUAAACUGGCAUUUAUGUUUUCGGACCUCUGAAACAUUGCAAUUACAAGUUCAAAUUUAAAACUUGAUUUUAUUUCCAGGACAAUUUAAAAUCCUUGACUUGUGUUUAACACAGCAUAUCCAUGUUUGGAACUGCCUAACUUAAAAUCUGUCACAGAAAUAACGUAAAUAAAUUUUGCCACACGUUACACGUUUAAGGGUAUCUUCUCAUAAAUUACAAAUAGAAGCUGGAAGAUGGGUAAGACCAGUUAGAAAACCAUUAGAUGAAAGGAAAUAUAUUAUCUGUCAAAAAUUAGAAGAUGAAUACCAUUUUAUAAUAGAAUGCCAUAUCUAUAAUGAUUUAAGAAAACAAUAUAUACCAAGAAAUACUGGAUUAGACCAAAUAUGUUUAAAUUUAUAGAACUUUUGAAUUCCGAUAUCACAAGAUGAUACAGAAAUUAGGAAUAUUUACAUUUAAUGCAUUUAAACUUAGGCAGUCUUUUGUGUAAUACUUUAUAUUAUUAUGUUUUAUAUUAUGGUUGUAGUGAAAUGUUUGUGUGUUCUUUCAGGUCUUGCAUUUCGUUUCGACAACUGAUUGUUCUAUACAUGUUGUUAUUUAAAUGAACUGUUAGACGGUCCAUAUAUAAAAAAUGUAAUGUAUUAAUAUAUGUUUUGUAUGAAAAAUGCAAUUUUGUAUAAUCGAUUAUGCUAUAGUAUUUCUGGAUCUUUACAUUAAUUGAAUUUUUCUAAGUAAACUUUUUCAUAAUAAAAUAGGUAAGUAUAUAUGUACUAGUAGGUAUAAAAUAUGACACCAUCCAAAUGAGACAUUAGGAGAUAUUGGGCCAAGUAGUGAGGGAUAUUAAGUGGUUAGUACCUAUGUAAUUUCUCUACAGUUCCGACAGUUUGAUGAAAUUUACUUAUCGUCAAUGAUUGUAUACUUUCAGACUCUUUUUUUUCCAAUUCCAUUUGGACCGUAAAACAUCUGAUAAUACUUUGUAAAUUGUAACUAUUUUUACUUGCAAAAUCUCAUUGUGCCUCUGAUAAUCUCUGUUAACAGCUGAAUAUAACUUUUGUGGCUUAAUAACUAUGUAACCUGGCCACUUUUUUCAAUCCUUUCUGACCGUGACAACAAUAGAUUAUACUAUGUAAAUUGUAACUAUUUUUACCCGCUAAAUUUCUUAGUGCCUCUGAUGAUCUCUGACAAUGGCAUAUAACUUAUGUGAUUAGAAAACUAUGUAACUUGUGUAACUUGUAACUGUCACAUUUGUUCCAGUACAGCUUGUGUCUCUGAUAAAACAAAAUUGAAUGAUAUAUAUUAUUGAAAAAUAAAUGUAUCUAUCUCCAUUUUUUGGUUCCAUUGAGACCCUGACAACAUCUGAUAAUACUGUGUAAAUGGUAUGUUCACUUACUAAAUUUCAUUGUGCCUCCGAUAACAUCUGUUAAUAACUUUCGUUUGCUUACCAAUAUUUCAUAUGUGGCUAUAAACUGUAUAAUGUUUAAUGCCGAAAUAAAACGUAUUGUAUUGUA